UCCCUCCCACCCCAAUCACGCCUCGUCCCUUUACUUGCCAGUAGUGAUUAUUUAACCCAGUUUUUUUUUUUUUUUUACCUCGCCUCUGGUUUUUCUCCUCUGCGCGCUUGGUCUCUUCUUCCGCAUCGGCAGCCGUCUUUGGACACUUCGCUCCCCACGAUUUGAGAAUUGUUUUUAUUUUUAAAGGCUCUUUUUGUCAUAAAGAAAGGAAUGCAAACGGUUUUCCAGAAGGACAAGCCGAUCUGAACGCCGCCUCCAGCUCCUCGGUGAGGUCUGACGCGCCUGUAGCUGUCCAUGGUGCUAAAAAACCAUUCCGCACGAGACUUCCCGCACGCGCUGCUUCUACCUCCGCAACGUUUUCCAGAGAAAUUAGAUAAUUUCGAAGGGGUCUAUCCCGCUGGUGAGAAACAAGUUGAUCUUUGUUGAGGUUUUUCUGAAGUGGGAGCGGACGGAGUUCGAACCUGCUCGAAACCAGAAAUAAUCGAUUGUGACUCCAUCGGCGGUAUCGAUUGCGUCUUUUUCAGACUUGCCCCGAAAAGAACAUCGGAUGAAUGGACGUUUGUUUUGUUUUUUUAUUAGCUGAGUUUAGCCUGGAGAUAUUCCGUCCACGGGAACUGGAAGCAGCGGGUGGGGAAUCUUAAAAAUUCUCGCGUCCCCACUAAGAUUUUUUCGAAAAAAGGGGGGUCGUUUCACCUCUUCGGGAUCAACUUCGCCAAACAGAAACAUACCCCCCCUAUUCCUACUGCAAGAAUCCAACGUGUCUCCGUACCAAAUGGUCAUCUGAGGAGGCCGUCGAAAAGCAAUGGAGGCGUCCGCCAACGGCUCCAGUUUUGGCAUCGACUCGCUGCUGUCCCACAGGCCCGGAAGUCCUGUUUCCAAAGGGGGCAGCCUGGCGGGGGAGUGCCGCUCGCCUCUGGAGUUCAGCCCCAGAUCGGACGCGGAGAGCGGGUGCUCGUCGCCCCCGUCGCCGAGACGGGAGUGCGUGGACGAGGUGGCCCCCAGGCCGGGUCACGGCGUGGCCCUGCAGCCGCACCACCUCCAGCACGCGCAGAUAUCCGCCGGCUCGCAGCAGAGGACCGUGACUUCGUCGUUCCUCAUCAGAGACAUCCUCGCGGACUGUAAGCCCCUGGCCGCCUGCGCGCCCUACUCCAGCAAUGGUCAGCCGACCCAGGAGGCCGGCAGGCUGGCCUCCAAGAUAGCCGACGACUUCAUGGAAAAGAUCCACAGCAACUCGUCGUCGGACAGCGAAUACAAAGUGAAAGAGGAAGGCGACAGGGAGAUCUCCAGCAGCAGGGACAGCCCCCAGGUCCGGCUGAAGAAGCCCAGGAAGGCCCGCACGGCCUUCACGGACCACCAGCUGGCGCAGCUGGAGCGCAGCUUCGAGCGGCAGAAGUACCUGAGCGUCCAGGACCGCAUGGAGCUGGCGGCCUCCCUCAACCUCACCGACACGCAGGUCAAGACCUGGUACCAGAACCGGAGGACAAAGUGGAAGAGGCAGACGGCGGUCGGGCUGGAGCUCCUGGCCGAAGCCGGGAACUACUCGGCCCUCCAGAGGAUGUUCCCCUCCCCGUACUUCUACCCGCAGAGCCUGGUGUCCAACCUGGACCCCGGGGCGGCCCUCUACCUGUACAGGGGGCCCUCGGCGCCCCCGCCGGCCCUCCAGAGACCCCUGGUCCCGCGGAUCCUGCUGCACGGCCUGCAGGGGGGCAGCGAGCCCCCGCCCCCCCCGCCCCCACUGCCCCCCAUGUCCGGCGUGCUCCCGCGGCCAGCUCAGCAGCGGUGA